CCUGCCCGUUCGUCUGCCUGCCUUUAUCUCACCUCUCCCCUCCAGCCGCCCCGAAAACCCUCCACUCCUCCUCCACUCCUCCAACCACAAGCUCCCUCUCCCAUACGCCUCAAUUGGUUCCGUCAUCCGAGCCUCCGUCUCGCCGCCGGCUCCUUCGUCUUCGCGAUCCGUCUCUGCUGUCAUUUCUUUCCUUCUUCCUGCUCCAUCUCCUGCCGGCUCACCAUCCAGCCCUGUGUCCCGUUGUCGCGUCUCGCUUGCUUGGUCGCACGAGCAUCGACCUCUGCCCCGAUUGAGUAAAGCUAUGCGAUAAGGUCUUUUUGACCACAACAACGCCAAAGAUGACGUCCCCGUCGAAAAACAUCCCCGAGCCUCCGAGAGCUUCCUCGCCCGCCCCGGACCAACCCCGAUCCUAUUCCGCCUCAGUCCCCCGAGCCGACCUGACGGCGCGUCUUGCCUCUCCCGUUCCAGGACAUUACCUCCACACCCCCCCUCCGCGCGGAGCCUCGCCCUCCCCAAACGCAGGUGGCAAGUCUGAGAGUCUUGAUGACUUCGCUCCCCUGCCUGGAAACAACACCAGUGCCCAGGGCCCUGGUGUAUCAGCCCUCGCUGCUGCUCUCUCCCACUCAUUCGGCCAGUCACCACCUCGCCAUGGCACACCUCCCGCGCGCCUAAGUACGCCCCCGAUCCGAUCUCAGUCUCCUGCCCUUGGUGGGCAACGAGGUUCGGGUCCCCCGACCAACUAUGGCUCCUUUGACUCGAGGACGCGGCCCGCUCUCGGUACCAGCGCGCCUUUCGAGGAUCCCGAAAUCAUCAAGCGCCAUCUGGUUCAACCGAGUGAUGACAACACGGCAUCAGAAGAGUCGUCUCUGCUUGGUAACAAGGGCAAGAAGCCUGCCGAGGCUACCGCUACAGGUGUAAGCGAGGAGGAGUUCUCAAGUCUCCAACUUCAGGGAGGAGAUGUGCACCGGGGCAUCUACAAGUGGACAGAGCAGGCUGAGGCCAAGUCCAAGAUGCAACGCAGCAAGAGCUUCGACCUGGGCAGACCCGAACCCGAGGCCGAAGUGCUGGAUAUUAACUCAAUCAAGGUUCCUGGUGGCUUCCGUAGAAAUCAUAUCCGCCGAUCCGCCCGUAGCCCCAACGGACUAGGCGGGGACCUCGAGGACGGUGCCGAAUCCCCCCAAGGCGGUCAGCAGCAACUCUUCACGUCGAGCUUCCUCGAGUUCCUGUCGAUAUACGGACAUUUUGCGGGUGAGGAGCUGGAGGAAGACGACGAAAACCUCGGGCCCAACGAAUACUUCUCGUCCGGCGAGGAUACCGACGAAUACUCCGAUGACGAGCGAGAACCGAUGGAGGACAGUGCUCUGCUCACCCCGUCGAGGCGGAGGCGCAAGAGAAAGGUGCGCGGUGGUAGCGGAAAGAACACCCCCCUAAACGCCGCUCUGUUACUCCUGAAGUCGUUUGUCGGCACUGGUGUCCUUUUCCUCCCCCGCGCAUACCUAAACGGCGGUAUGCUGUUCAGUAACCUGGUUCUCCUGGGAGUCUCCGCCCUCAGCUACUACUGCUUCGUUCUGCUCGUGAACACUCAGAUGAGAAUCGGUGGUUCGUUCGGUGAUUUGGGAGGUGCCCUCUAUGGCCCGUACAUGCGCAAUAUCAUUCUUGCAUCCAUCGUUCUCAGCCAGAUCGGAUUCGUGGCCGCCUAUAUUGUUUUCACCUCAGAAAACCUGCAGGCCUUCAUCCGGGCCGUUUCCAACUGCAAAACCAGCAUCAGCAUCCCUUGGCUGAUUCUGAUGCAAAUGGUCAUCUUCCUGCCCUUCUCCCUGCUCCGAGAUAUUGAGAAGCUGGGAUUCACGGCGCUGGUUGCAGAUGCCUUUAUCCUGAUUGGCCUUGCAUAUCUCUUUUACUACGACGUCUUAACUCUUCAUCUGGAGGGUCUGUCGGAUAUUAUCAUGUUCAACAAGAAGGAUUGGACCCUGUUCAUCGGAACUGCCAUCUUCACUUUCGAGGGUAUUGGUCUCAUCAUUCCUGUCCAGGAGUCGAUGAGGCACCCACAAAAGUUCCCCAAGGUCCUACUAAUUGUCAUGAUCAUCAUCACCGUUCUCUUCAUCGUCAUGGGCGCCAUCUCAUACGCCGCAUACGGGUCCCACACCGAGACUGUGGUCCUCCUCAACUUGCCGCAGGACAACAAGAUGGUCAACGGUGUGCAGUUGCUUUACUCGUGUGCUAUUCUUCUCUCGACGCCUCUGCAGAUCUUCCCGGCCAUCCGUAUCGCGGAGACGGAGCUGUUCACUCGCAGUGGCAAGUACAAUCCUUACAUCAAAUGGAAGAAGAACGUCUUCCGAUUCUUUGUGGUUAUGCUUUGUGCGGCCAUCGCGUGGGGUGGAGCGGAACACCUCGACAAGUUUGUUGCGCUUGUGGGCAACUUUGCCUGCAUCCCGCUAGUCUACAUUUAUCCUCCCAUGCUGCACUACAAGGCUGUUGCGCGCAGCAAGUUCUGGAAGUACUCGGAUAUCUUUCUCUGUCUCUUUGGUUUCACCGCCAUGGCAUACACGACGAGUCUCACUGUCAUGAGCUGGGCCAAUGCAGAGCCGAAGAUGCCCGGUUACUGUGAUAAGAAGGGGAUGGGCUUGUAAGAGGUUGAUGUUCAAGGUGAUGUUUAAGGUAGGGAUGGGAAGAGAGUGGGGGUGGUUGUUGGAUAUGAUGUGUGAUGGGUGGCCG